GCGCGCUGAGGCUCCAGAGGGACCCUGGCGGAUAUGGCUGCUUCCCGCUUACCCCCCACGACGCUUACGCUAAAGCAGUUCAUGAGAAGGCAACAAGUUCUCCUUCUCUACAGAAGGAUCUUGCAAGCAAUUCGGCAAGUUCCAAAUGAUUCUGAUCGCAGAUACCUGAAGGACUGGGCAAGGGAAGAAUUCAGAAGGAACAAAAGUGCCACCGAAGAGGAUACCAUCCGGAUGAUGAUUACUCAAGGCAAUAUGCAGCUCAAGGAGUUAGAAAAAACACUUGCUUUAGCAAAAGCUUAACUAUAGCAUUUUGAAGGAUUGUAAAGUUUCCAUGCAUUUUGUUGACUUUGGGCUUAACAAUGGGUAGCCUGAAGCCAAGUCUUGCUGUUUGUAUGUACAGUAUUUAGGCAAAAUAUCAGAAGGUGGAACACGGUAUGUCAUAGAGAGCAAAGGAAAGCACAUCAGAACAAUUGCCUUAGCACUAAAAAACACCGUGAGUUUUGAAAAUGUUUGAUAGGACAGCAGUUUUUGAAAGAAGCAUAAACCACUAUAACAAAUGGCCAGUUAGCACAUGAAAAGAUGCU